ACUCUGUCUCAAAAAAAAAAAAAAAAGUCCAGAAGAGGUAGAGAGGCGCUCAGUGAGGACCCAAGCAAAGCACCCAUGUCCUGGCCACCCUCCCUCCUUGCACCCGUCUCCUAACAUGAUGUCUGCCAUAGAGAGAGAGACUGAAAGAGCCCUUUCAUGUCCCCAGUGGUGUGAGCAAGAGUUUGCACCUAAGACUCUUGUCUCUGUGAAGGGCUAUACCCAAGCUGUGAUUCUGGCCACCAAGAGACCAGCAAGGGAGGUUCUUUCUCCACUGAGGGCACUCGUCAGAGUCCAGCGUGGGGGCCCACAGGCCCCAGCCUCUAGGAGCCGCCGGGUUUCCCCCAUGGCGCUUCCCCCAGCGGUACCACCACUCACGGCUUCUUUUGCCUGCAUUUCCCCAGCAUUUGUUUGUCGGGGUUCCUGAGGCUCAAGUGAGCAGCUGCGGGGGAGGGAAGAAGGGAUGGUGGCAGUGGUCAGCUCUGCCCACGACACUGUGCUUUGUAGGGGUGGCGAUAAAGCUGGUCACUCCAGAUUCCAAUCAGAGCACGCAGAAGAGGAACUGGCGUUGCUUCACUGGCCAGGGCGGGUUGGUCAGUGCCAACCAGUCCUAAAGAGGGACACUGCCCCAGCCCCAGGUGAAGCAGAGCCCGUCCCCAGGAGCCCCCAGCCAGAGGGGAAGAACACAGCCCACCUCGGGAGUCUCCAGCCUGAGAGGGAAAACGUGACCAAGCCCAGGGCGGCGUCCAGUCUGAGGGGGAGACACGACCCCAGCCAGUAGUCUCAGCAGCCCCAAUUCCGAGGCGAGGAGCCACAUUCCUGCCAUCAGGACCGGCAAAGCUGAUUUUCACAAACCAAGUCCAGAAUUUUUCGGUGGGGACGCGGCCCACUCCGCGGGGAGAGAGGGCACAGCGGUCCCCCGGUGCUCAAGCAGCAACGCCGAGCCGCGCUGGGCGGAGGCUGUGGGGCUUUUCGUCGCAGGCGGCUCCGCUCCUCGGCCCUGUGCGCGCAGGGAUGGGUGCGCAGGGGCGGCGCGGGGGCGCCCUUUGCAGCCGGCCGCCCCCUCCCCCAGCCCCGCGGGCUUUUGCACACGACGCGCGGCGGGCCGCUUCACACGGGGUGGCGAGGGCCGGAUAAAGCGGGCGGGCGCGGGGUGCAGCGGCGGGCGCCGAGACGCAGGACUCAGGAGCGCUGGGCGCGCGGGACCCUCCCGGUAGGCGGGUGCACGUGGCGGAGCGUCCCGCGCGCAACUUCCAGGGUGCUUGGCCGGGCCCUGGCACGCAGCUUCCCGCAGCCAGCGCGGGGCCGCAUGGAGGGCAUGGAGAAGCAGCACCUGUUGGACACCAGACCCGGAGCCCGGUCAUACAUGGGAACUGUGUGGCAGGAUGGGGCUGGCUGGAUCCCUGUGCCUGGACGUGGCCUGGACUUGCAGGCCAUUGAACUGGCUGCCCAGAGCAACCAUUACUGCCAUGCCCAAAAGGGUCCUGGCAGUCAGGGUGACCCCAAGAAGGAGCGGGCCCGGCGCCAGCUCUAUGUGGCCUCCGCCGUCUGCCUGCUGUUCAUGAUCGGAGAAGUCAUUGGUGGGUACCUGGCACACAGCUUGGCCAUCAUGACCGAUGCAGCCCACCUGCUCACUGACUUUGCCAGCAUGCUCAUCAGCCUCUUCUCCCUCUGGAUGUCCUCCCGGCCAGCCACCAAGACCAUGAACUUCGGCUGGCAGCGAGCUGAGAUCCUGGGAGCCCUGCUCUCUGUGCUGUCCAUCUGGGUCGUGACCGGGUUACUGGUGUACCUGGCUGCAGAGCGGCUGAUCUCCGGGGACUAUGAGAUCGAGGGGGGCACCAUGCUGAUCACGUCGGGCUGCGCUGUGGCUGUGAACAUCAUAAUGGGGUUGAUCCUACACCAGUCUGGCCAUGGGCACAGCCACGGCCAUGCACACAGCCAUGACACCAGCCAGCAGCAGGAGAACCCCAGUGUCCGAGCUGCCUUCAUCCAUGUGAUUGGAGACUUUCUGCAGAGUGUGGGCGUCUUGGUGGCAGCCUAUAUUUUGUACUUCAAGCCGGAGUACAAGUAUAUAGACCCCAUCUGCACCUUCCUCUUCUCCAUCCUGGUCCUGGGGACAACCUUGACCAUCCUGAGAGAUGUGAUCCUGGUGCUGAUGGAAGCCCCUGUCCCCGCCAUCCUCAGGCACCCCCAAGGGCGUGGACUUCACAGCCGUGCGGGAUCUGCUGCUGUCGGUGGAGGGGGUGGAAGCCCUGCACAGCCUGCAUAUCUGGGCUCUGACUGUGGCCCAGCCGGUGCUGUCUGUCCACAUCGCCAUUGCUCAGAAUGCAGACGCCCAGGCCGUGCUGAAGACGGCCAGCACUCUCCUGCAGGGGAGGUUCCACUUUCACACCAUGACCAUCCAGAUCGAGGACUACUCUGAGGACAUGAAGGACUGUCAGGCAUGCCAAGGCCCCUCGGACUGAGACAUGGACAACCGGGGCAUGGACAGGACCUACAGGAGGCGGGACUGAGUGUCCCCCAGGCCCAGCCAGGACUCUGCUGACCCUGCCUGCAUUACAAACAGGGUCCCCCUCCUGACCUCAGCUGCCCUGCUCCAGUAAUAGGCUCUUCCUAGCCUCCCCGUCUGACUACAGCCGACCCUGGGGCAGGGACUUGGCAGGCAUCAAGCUAGCAUGGCCCCACUCCUCCAGCUCCUGGGUCCUGGCAGGACUGUGUUUGGGCUAAUGCUGUCCUACCACCCACAGUGGCAAAGGCAGUGUGGCACAGUGUGGGACAGCAAGAAGGAAGGUUGGCCUCGGUGCUCCCUCAUUUCCUGUUUGCAGCUUGUCUGGCCUUUGCCUUAUGAGUGUGUAAAGAAGCUCUGAGCUGGGCGUGGUGGUGACACCUGUCAUCCCAGUUACUCAGAAGGCUGAGACAGGAGGAUCAUUUGAGCCCAGGA